GUCUGCCAGGGCUGAAUUUCUUGUCGCCAAGGAUCGAUCUUAAUUUAACGAACUUUGAAGUUUUUUUCUAGAUCAGGCAUGUGUACACAGUUUUCAAACUCUCACAUUUACAGAAUCGCAACUUAGAGAUCAUAAUGGGGCUAAGCGCGCUUCGUAGAGUGCUAAUUAGCCUCUUCGUCGCCCAUUUGUCUGUCGCCUUGAUCAGUGAAGAGGGCCGCGAAUACUGCACAGGAAAAGGCUCUAUUUGCGAAGCAUACAACAACGUCGAUCGAAAAUGCAGAGAUGAGACCGGCCCCAAGUAUUAUGACUGCACCUGCAAGUCAGGAUGGGUUCCUUUGCAGAAAGCUUGUUACAAUUGCAGAAGCGUCAUGGGCGAAUUCAUGUUCGACACAGACGAGAGGAACCGAGCGAGCUGCAAAGAUGAUGGAUAUAAGGUUGCGCCAAUCCCUUCCAGCAUUAUCUCUCAGCAAAAGGAAUACAACAGAACUGCCAAGGUCCCGAUAAUGUCAGCGACGGAUUCAUCGACAGAUUCUGCAACCGAGAUCAACUCAGCUUAUGCAACUCUCAGUCAUGAGCCAUAUACAAUGACAUUAUACGGGCAGAGUGCAUCAGUCACUUUACCAGAUAUUCCCGUUCGAACCGAACAAAAUGAAGAUAAAGAGAAUGCAGCAGGAGGCCGUGGCAAUGGUGGUUUGAUAACCUCUGUUUGUGUGAUUGUGUUGGCGAUGUUGAUUACUUAACGUUGGAUAUCUAUUCUGCCUUACAUUUAUAUAUAUUAUCUUUUCCAGUUACUUUAUUACUAGAUGCUUUCUGUAAUUGGUUUUUUCAGUAUAAUCCAUCAAAGCUUCAGUCCCUAUAAUUUGAAUAAUA